GAGACGACCAACCAAUCACUGUUGAUGAGGGGAAUGGAACCUCAACCCAGCACUCUGCAGAUACAGAGGCUGCAGGUCCUGGAGUCAAGCAGGAGAUGUCUGAAGGAGAGGAGGAUCCACGACACAGCACCAACAUCCAGACUGGAGCGCCCCAUAUAGUCACGAAGGAUCCCAACACCACCCCAGCACAGCCCAGGGACAUCAGUAGAACGCCGAACGCCAUCCUCAAGUCUGAGACAGAGACUUUAACGAGGUUGGGGAGACUGGGCCGUCCUACUCCCCGCUCAGAGUUUUUACUUUACGGUAACCUGAGCCAGAGGACAGUUCUGUCCCAUCGGGACUCAGGUGAUGCGUUACAGACUGGCAAUGAUCCAACCUGUUCAUACGCUACAGAGAUGAUACCUGGUGACGUGCCUGUGGGCUUAGAUACACCGACUAAUCCAAUAAGAGGGGACUGGAACCAGUACAGUAGUAGCGUAUACUCUGAAGGGUUCCUAGAUAAGAAAGGGGAGGGUCUGGUCGUAGAUGAGGUGACUGUGAAAGAGGAGGGAGACGCUCCUCUGACAUGGAAUGAAGACGAGACUCACUUAGGAGGACAGUCUCAGGGCAACACUAGUGACUUCUUAGACUACAGGGAAAGCUUAGAGCCAAAUCCAAAUAUCGCAGCCCACUCCCCUUUACACGCGCUCAGGGAUCGCGACCCAGUGUCCAUGUCGAUGGCACCUUCCGAUUCACACGGCCGCAUCCUUUUCGAUCAGGUAUUGAACUCAAACGACAAGACUAGAGUCCAGGCUCGGGAAGUGGGAUCAACAUCUGGCGGUAGUAAAGAGAAACGGUUCUUCUGCAUGUUCUGUAACAAAGGUUUCAACUGCCCCCAGAAGGUGGAGAUCCACCAGAGGGUCCACAUAGGAGUGAAACCUUUCAGCUGUAGCCAGUGUCAAAUGCGCUUCUCCCAGGCUUGGAACCUGAAGAUCCACCAGAGGGUCCACACAGGGGAGAAACCUUACAGCUGUAGCCAGUGUCACAUGCGCUUUGCCCAGACUUGCAACCUGAAGAGGCACCAGAGGGUCCACACAGGGGAGAAACCCUACAGCUGCCCCCAGUGUGAGAAGAGGUUCUCCCAUCAGCACCAGCUGAAGAUGCACCUGAAGGUCCACACGGGAGAGAGGGCCCAGUAUUACCCCCAGACUAGCAGUAACGAGUCUUGACCUCAAUUUAAUUCCACGUGACUAACGGUAACUAGGCUACUCCAAAACUGCGCUCUGUAAAUGAAUGGCGCUGAUGGGCGUUAGAAGCCUGCAAACUUGCUAACAGCAUCAAUUCGCUAAUAGCCUGAUACUCAGCGCUCUAGUUAACAUGAUAAAGUGUUGCAUUCUGAAAAUGCAGGUGUAUUGACCAUGGCAUUCAAUUUCAAGUUCCACAUUUUUGUUAUUUAAAUAGACUCACUGCUAAACUCAGCAAAAAAGAAACAUCCCUUUUUCAAGACCCAGUCUUUCAAAGAUAAUUCGUAAA